GUAUAUAAAGUUUCGUGUACUUAACAAAGCUUUAGUAUAAUUUAAAAUUUUGUAACGUAAUUAAAUUUUUAAGUCUUUAAACAAAUAUGUUUGGUAAAAUUAUUAUUUUAUUGUCCGUCUUAAUAGUUGUUCAAAGUGCGACUAUAAAAGAUGGAAAAAGUUCUGAAGUGGAAAAAUCGGUCAGUAAUUUGGAGAAAAGGAGUAUAGAGGACUGUCAAAAUAAUCUAGUGACAAAAGUGAAGAAUUUUUUUCACUGUUUAGGCACUGGUGUAAAAGAUGCAUUAACAAGAGUAUGCAAAUGGAUAAAAGAAAAAUGUUCAAAGCGGACACAAGCAGACACAAACAGUACAGAAGAAACGGCUGAACCUAAAGAUGACACUGACGGCAAUUCUAAAGGUUCUAAAUCUGUAAAAGCUACACCACGCAAACCAUCGAAUGGAAAUACUGGUCAGACGGUCAGUAGUACUGAACCCUCGUCAAAUGAAGAAACGUCUAGUUCAGAAGAUAGUUCCGAAGAGGAGUCAAAAUCAAAAACUGGAAAACCGUCAAAAAAUGUCUCUACUUCUAGUCCUGUUAAUGAACAAAAAACAGAACAUUCACCAGACGGUCCAACAGAAUCAUCUAAAGCUGCAGAUGCUUCAACUGAUGUUUCUACUGCUAGUACAGAGCCAGAAGCUGGUACAGACAAGUCAACUGUUGGUUCACCUGAAUCAUCAAAAACGACAUCUGCUAUUCCUGAUACUAGUACUGGAGCAGAAGCUGAAACAGAAAAGCCAACUGAAUCAUCAACUGGGGCAGAAGCUGAUACAGAAAAGCCAACUGAAUCAUCAACUAGAACAGAAGCUGAUACUGAAAAGCCAACUGAAUCAUCAACUGAUGCAAAAGCUGAUACAGAAAAGCCAACUGAAUCAUUAACUGAUUCAAAAGCUGAUACAGAAAAGCCAACUGAAUCAUCAACUGAAGCAAAAGCUGAUACAGAAAAGCCAACUGAAUCAUUAACUGAUUCAAAAGCUGAUACUGAAAAGCCAACUGAAUCAUCAAGUGCAUCAUCAACUGGGGCAAAAUCUGAUACAGAAAAGCCAACUGAAUCAUCAGCUGCGACAUCUGCUAUUCCUGAUACUAGUACUGGGGCAGAAGCUAAUACAGAAAACCCAACUGAAUCAUCAACUAGAACAGAAGCUGAUACUGAAAAGCCAACUGAAUCAUCAACUGAUGCAAAAGCUGAUACAGAAAAGCCAACUGAAUCAUUAACUGAUUCAAAAGCUGAUACAGAAAAGCCAACUGAAUCAUCAACUGAAGCAAAAGCUGAUACAGAAAAGCCAACUGAAUCAUUAACUGAUUCAAAAGCUGAUACAGAAAAGCCAACUGAAUCAUCAACUAGAACAGAAGCUGAUACUGAAAAGCCAACUGAAUCAUCAAAUGAAUCAUCAACUGGGGCAAAAGCUGAUACAGAAAAGCCAACUGAAUCAUCAGCUGCGACAUCUGCUAUUCCUGAUACUAGUACUGGGGCAGAAGCUAAUACAGAAAACCCAACUGAAUCAUCAACUAGAACAGAAGCUGAUACUGAAAAGCCAACUGAAUCAUCAACUGAUGCAAAAGCUGAUACAGAAAAGCCAACUGAAUCAUUAACUGAUUCAAAAGCUGAUACAGAAAAGCCAACUGAAUCAUCAACUGAAGCAAAAGCUGAUACAGAAAAGCCAACUGAAUCAUUAACUGAUUCAAAAGCUGAUACAGAAAAGCCAACUGAAUCAUCAACUAGAACAGAAGCUGAUACUGAAAAGCCAACUGAAUCAUCAAAUGAAUCAUCAACUGGGGCAAAAGCUGAUACAGAAAAGCCAACUGAAUCAUCAAGUGCAUCUGCUAUUCCUGAUACUAGUACUGGGCCAGAAGCUAAUACAGAAAAGCCAACUGAAUCAUCAAGUGGGACAGAAGCUGAAACAGAAACGCAAACUGAAUCAUCAACUGGUGCAAAAGCUGAUACAGAAAAGCCAACUGAAUCAUUAACUGGAGAAGAAGCUGAUACAGAAAAGCCAACUGAAUCAUCAAGUGGGACAGAAGCUGAUACAGAAAAGCCAACUGAAUCAUCAACUGAUGCAAAAGCUGAUACAGAAAAGACAACUGAAUCAUUAACUGAUUCAAAAGCUGGUACAGAAAAGCCAACUGAAUCAUCAACUGAUGCAAAAGCUGAUACAGAAAAGCCAACUGAAUCAUUAACUGAUUCAAAAGCUGAUACAGAAAAGCCAACUGAAUCAUCAACUGAUGCAAAAGCUGAUACAGAAAAGCCAACUGAAUCAUCAAGUGGGACAGAAGCUGAAACAGAAACGCAAACUGAAUCAUCAACUGGUGCAAAAGCUGAUACAGAAAAGCCAACUGAAUCAUUAACUGGAGAAGAAGCUGAUACAGAAAAGCCAACUGAAUCAUUAACUGAUUCAAAAGCUGAUACAGAAAAGCCAACUGAAUCAUCAACUGAUGCAAAAGCUGAUACAGAAAAGCCAACUGAAUCAUUAACUGGGGAAGAAGCUGAUACAGAAAAACCAACUGAAUUAUCAACUGGCAUACUUCCAAAUGCAGCUUCAUUGGUAACUAAGACAUUAAAUGAUACAAUAAAAGCCGUUAACCAGAGUUUAAGUGUUGAUGACACUACUGCUAAAAUGAACGAAGGUUCUUCGUCUACUGAAGUCCCAGUUCCUACUGAAGAUCAAAAAAAGUCUAAGUAAAAAGUUUGUUCUACAAGUUCUACUAUAGUGUUAUAAUGGUGUAAUCUAAAACUAAUAUUUUCGCUUAAGGAUUUUAGACGAUAUUCACAAAUUGUAAAGUAAGAAUAAGUGAUUGAAAUAUUUAAAUCUAUUCAUUAAUUUAUUAAACGAUGUGUAUAACUUCUAGAAACAAUAUUACAAUUGUAUUUUGCUUUUCUAGUUUCUUGUUAAUUUAAUUUCGAAUCCACUUUUGUACAUUUCGUUAAAAUUCUAUAUUUUUAAGCCUCACAAUUGUAGCUUAAUGAAUAUUUUUAAAAAAAUCGUGCUUAAAAUAAAUGUUUCAAUCUGUAAUUUGUAUCUUCUAUUGACAAUUGUUGAAAAAACAGAAAAUGGUUUUCCACAAAUAAAAUCCUUAUAAAAAGGGGUUUAAUUUAAAUUUUGUUAUUUUAUUCAAAAGUACACAAUUGUUGAAUAUUUUUAAUAGAAUUGUAUAAAUCGUUUAUUUUUCGGAUAAUAUGGUUAAUUUUCUAAUUUCUCUAAAUUUUUGUAACUAUAUCGUAAUAGGAUUAAAUUUGUCGGAACGAUGUUGUACAAUUUAAAAUUCACAUGUCGUUUAGCAGAGAAGUGAAGAGUUAGGGGGCCAAAAGAGAAAUUGCAUAAAGUGAGAGAUAAAAGAAGGGUCAAUCGU